AUGGCUGUGGCUGUCUUACAGGCCCAUGGUGGCGCCGCCGCUGUCGUGGUUGCGCCGCAGCCGCCAGAGCGCGUGCCGGGCUGCCACGAGGCGCGCGAGCCCGUAGCGAGCCGUGGCGGAGCGGGGGGCGGGGCUGCGCGCGUCGGGAUCCGGCCGUCUGCCGCUGCCGCUGCCGCUCGGCCGCUACUGGCGUCGCGACGCCGGCCCGGACGCCGCCCCCGCCGCGUCGCCGUGGCAACCGCCGCCCCCGAGCCGCGCGCGCGCACUCUGCGCCCCCACACCCCCACCCCUGGCGAGGCGAGGCGCGGCGCUGCGUGGCCCACUGAAGCACGCGGCAGGGCGGGCACGGCGGCCGCCGAGGACCGCACCGGGCCCGGCAGAGGGCUCUCUUCAAUUAGAGCGCUCUGCCGGCGAGCAAUUAGGCCCGCAGCGGCGGGCCCGGCGGAGCCGAGCCCGGCCGCCUCUCAGCCGCCACCGCCGCCGUGCAAAGCGCAGGUAUAUCCUGUAGGGAACAAGUAG